UUUGAGUACUGAUUGGUUUAUGUAUUAAUGUUGUAAAUAACUUGUAGCCAUGUCAUUUGCAUGUUUACAUCUUGUCGGUCUGAACGGGUGUGCCAAUAGCAUUCAAUUCCUGUGGAGUAAUUGCUCUGUCUCCAGUCAGUAAACCUUUCACAUGGAUUGUCAUUGUACCCUCACAACAAUUCUGGCAAGUUAUAUCCAUGUUAUAGAUGAGAAAGGUAAGGCACAGAAACACACACUUAAUUCAGAAUCAGACUACCAGCGCUUUGGAACAGGAACUGGAAACAGCACUAGACAGUGGUUUGAGGCCAAAUAGAAAAUGCCAAACUAUGAGGUAAGUCUAUAUUCCCCUAGGCAAAAGGGAGCCAUUGACAGUUUUUAGGUAGGGGACUGGCAUGUACUAACCACGGUGGCUGGGAUCCAAAGACACCCUCAGCAGAGCACACACAUGCAAAUGUGUGAGGUGAGAAAGAAAGUAAAUGAUAAUCCUGUGGAAUCACUUCCUGAGAAUCAAGAUUGUAGAGAACUUCCUAAGUGGCAUGUUUUUCCCAGUUAUUUUAGUCAUGGAAUUCACCAAAAUGGCAGACAUGACAAAGCUCCACCAAGCCGUGGCUGCAGGCGAUUACAGUUUAGUGAAAAAGAUUUUGAAGAAAGGUCUCUGUGACCCAAACUACAAGGACGUCGACUGGAAUGACCGAACUCCACUUCACUGGGCUGCAAUCAAAGGGCAUUUGGAGGUGAUGCAGCUCCUUCUAGAAUACGGAGCCAGGCCCUGCCUGGUAACUGACGUGGGCUGGACCCCAGCCCACUUUGCAGCUGAGUCAGGCCACGUGAAUGUGCUCAAAAUGCUCCAUGCAUUGCAUGCUGCCAUCGACGCCCCCGACUUCUUUGGGGACACGCCAAAGAGGAUCGCACAGAUCUACGGGCAGACCGCCUGUGUGGCGUUUCUGGAGAAGGCUGAGCCCGAGUGCCGGGACCACCGCCGCGCCGCCAGGCAGAAGGGGCUGCCUCUGGACCAGAAGGAUGAAGACUGGGAUGCCAAGAAAAGGGAGCUGGAGCUGUCUCUUCCUUCCUCGAAAGAAAGCACUAAUAAGAAAAAGAUUUAAAAAAUUCGAGGCCCGGCCAGGCUGAGCAAUCCCAAGGAGAAGAGAGUGUGAGGACAGCGCUGGCGGCUCUGGCACCCAUGUUUUCUGCGGGAGUAACUUUGCCUGGCACCAGACUUGGAGUGGUUAGAUCUGUGCUGUCUUUAGGUGAUUCUAGAGACCAUUCCGUAAGACCAUUCUGUAGACGGCCUUCUACCGGGGGCCCGUGACCUGUCAUUCAACCUAAAGCCUUGCUGGGUGUUCCCUGCAGGAGCUGCUGCCUCCUUGCCAAUCUGUGCUGUCACACGUAUUGCCCGCAAGGGACAAGCGUUAGCUACUUGCCUUUGGACACCAGUCCUUUGCACUGUCAGCAUCCCCUGACCCCUUACAUGCGACUACGGAAUUAUAGGGGGGCAAAGCACGAGGUCUCCCUAAGGAAACUUGAUGGUUUCAGUGAAAAGAAAAAAAAAAAAAGAAGUAACAAUAAAAUCCCAGAAAUUUCCAACCUAUUCAGUUCAACUAAUCUCUGAAAAAAAGAUGUAUUUGUUGUUAAUAUAAGCCAGGCAAAGAGGUGAACAAAUGUAGCUCCCCGUUUCCCACUUUCUUAUUUUUCCCCCCCUUUGCAGAUUAGAGGCUCACAAUCUCAGCAUGGUCAUUUUUACCAAUGAUCACUUCUACAUAAGAAAAACAGUCUGGGUGAUAGACCAACUUAGCAAUAACUGGAAAGCCCAGCAAGAAUUAAUUUCACCUCACAUGAGAAAUGAGAGGUAGCAUAAAGAGUGACUGUGUGAUUACAGCUCUAUUUGUGCAAUGUGUAUUUUAGGAAAUCCAAAUACAGAUCAGGUAUGUCCAAUGAAAAUAUUGCAUCUAAAUUGGGAUCUGUUCCAAAUGUAAAAUACAUAUCAGAUUUUGAAUCCUUAGGAAAAAAUGUAAAACAUCUCGA